UUUUUGGCGAUCAUUUUGCGAUAUUCAGACCUUGGGUAUGCCUCACUUCUACAGUUGAAAUUUCCCAUUUUUUCGCCUUGAAAAUCUCACCUUCUGCAUAUUUCGAAGAGGGAAUAUUGUCGCCUUCCAGGUCGCUACACGUUCCCCGGUUCCUCGGCCUAUUCCAUGUCGAAGAGCGCCCUCGUCUCCUUCGCGGACUGCCUGCGCCGGGAGAUGAAGAAGUGGAACGUCUCGGUCCACACGAUCGAGCCGACCAUUUACAAGACGCCGUUGGCGGCGGAGAAGGGGAUGAAGGAGAGCUUGGACAAACUCUGGGAGGCGUGUCCGAAGGAGAUCCAGGAUUCCUACGGAAAGCAGUACUUCCUGGACUUUCAGAGUUCCCUGUCGAAGCAGAUGGGGAGGGCGAAGCCGGAGUCGAAAAUCCCUGAGGUCAUCAACGAUAUGGUGGAUGCUGCGGCCGGUGAAGCACCACAGAUGAGGUACGUGCCGAGCGUGUGGACUCAAUUCCGGGCGAGAAUCAUCUCUUCGCUUCCCAUGGAUCUCCAAGACGCUGUCCUCUGUCAGGCUUCUCCACAGACGCCUCCUGCUGCGGUUGCUGCCCAUGCCGGGGAGAGUCGGAAGUUUUCGGCGUUGGAUCGGCUGAGGAAUCGGGGACUCCGGAGAUACGCAACGACCCCGGCCAUCAACUCCAACGACCUGCCGAAAGUGCAGGAAGUCCCACCGGCCGCUUCCGCAGAUCCCAAGUUCAAGUUCUGAUCGACUCUUCCGUGGGCGGUUCAUUUUGCCGCGAGGGAUUCAGUGAUCGAAUGCCUCGCUGCAAACGCUAUACGAAUUAUACGAACAUCUCAGGGACCAACGCUGUCUUCUUCGAUUCCCGAUCGUGCUAAUCGAACACAGAGGGGACGGAUUAUAAUUGUACACGCUUUUUCCUCCUGCUUUUUUUUUAUCUUUUCGAAGGAAACGCUGCACGCAGGACCGGCCUUUAAUAUUUCGACGCCCUGUGCAAAGAGACUCUCAACGUUGCCCCCACCCCUCCCCAAAAAGAGAGAAGGAUCAAUCCUCGUCCAAAAAGACGCCGAACCGGAAGGCAUUCCCAGUUUCCGUAGUAAAACUGAGGGUGGCAUCCAUUAUUGCUUCAUUCAUUCUGGCACGCUAUUGGCGCCCCUGGUGAAUUUGC